AUGUGCGGCAUCGUCGGAUACGUCGGCGACCGUCCCGCCUGGCCCAUCGUUGUCGAGGGUCUGCGCCGUUUGGAAUACCGCGGAUACGAUAGCGCCGGCGUCGCGGUGUUGGGGCCGGAGUCCGGAUUGCAACUGCGUAAGACCGUGGGCCGGGUGUUGGGGCUGCUCCACGACGCGGAUUGUCCCGCCCCGAACGGAUCGGCCGGUCUCGGCCACACCCGAUGGGCCACCCACGGCCGCCCCUCCGAAGCGAACGCGCAUCCGCACACUGAUUGCACCGGCCAGAUCGCCGUCGCUCACAAUGGCAUCGUCGAGAAUCACGCGGAAUUGAGAGCCGAUUUGCGGAGCAAGGGCCACAGUUUCAAGUCAGAGACCGACACUGAGGUCAUUUCGCACCUGAUCGAAGAUGCCAUGAGCCAUGGCCUUGGUUUGCCGGCGGCGAUGCUGCAACUGAGCGGCCACGUUCAGGGCCCCCAGGCAAUCGUGGCGGUGCACGAUGGCGACGAUGACAGCCUAUGCGCUUUGAAGCUCGGAAACGCCGGAGGUGUGGCGGUCGCUCACCACGACGGGCAGGGCAUCGUGUCCAGCGAUCUGCCCGCUCUGUUGCCCAUCGUCGGCCGGCGCGGUCACCUGCCGGUCGGGUUUUUGGAAGACGGUGAAGUCGCGAUUGUCACGCGGCAGGGAAUCGCUUUCCUGGAUCGAACUGGUCGACGCGUUGAAAAACCGAUGCUCAACGUUGACUUGGAUGACGUCCUGGUGGAACGGGGCGGUUAUCGGCACUUCAUGCUCAAGGAAAUCAUGGAGCAGCCCCAGGCGGUAACCGCCGCCCUCAGGGACCGCGUGGAUUUUGGCCGGGGCUUGGUAACGCUGCCGGACCUCACUCUGACUGAUCGAGAGCUCGCCGGGGUUAGUCGGGUAGUGCUCAUAGGCUGCGGCACCAGCCUGAACGCGGCUCACGUAGGUCGCCAUCUGGUGGAACGUUUGGCCGGCAUACCCGCCGAGGCCGAAUCGGCAUCCGAAUUCCGCUACCGCGAACCGUUCCUGGAUCCGUCUACGCUCGUCGUAGCGAUUGGCCAAUCCGGUGAAACCGCAGAUACCGUGGCUGCCAUGGAGACGGUGCGGCAAAGCGGCGCCCGGCUGGUGACGAUCUGCAACGCGCCGAACAGCCAGGCUGCCCGUCUCGCGGAUCACGCGCUGUUGAUGGGUUGCGGGGUCGAGAUCGGCGUCGCCAGCACCAAGACGUUUUUGUCAUCGCUCACGCUGCUGAAUUUGCUGGCCAUGCGGUUGGGAACGGCUCGGAGCCACCUGGGGUCUGCUGCUUCGCGGAAAUUGGUCGAGGGACUGGCGAGGCUGCCCGGGAACGUGGCUCAACUGCUCGAAUCGGCUGAUGAUGUGGAACCGCUGGCGCGGAGUUACUACGGUCGCAAUAACUUCCUCUAUCUGGGGCGGGGCAUUAACGCCCCGGUCGCAACUGAGGGUGCGCUCAAACUCAAAGAGAUCAGCUACAUCCACGCCGAAGCCUACGCGGCCGGCGAAAUGAAACACGGGCCGAUCGCCCUGAUCGAUCACGCCAUGCCAACCCUGGCCAUCGCUCCUCAGGACGGCCUGUACGAUAAAAUGGCGAACAACAUCCAGGAAGUGAAAGCCAGAGAUGGAGACGUUUUGGCCGUCCUUACCCAAGGCGACGACCGGCUGUCCGACCUGGUGGAUCACUCGGUGUUCAUCCCGGAAACCGCGCCAAACCUGACUCCCCUAUUGGCCACGGUUCCCCUUCAGUUGUUUGCCUACCACAUCGCCGUGCGGCGGGGUUGUGACGUCGAUCAACCUCGGAACCUGGCCAAGUCUGUCACCGUCGAAUAA